AAGAAAAAGAAAAUGCACUCUCCUCCCCAAAGCCCGCCCCCUCACAGGAGGGAGCGUUUUUCUUUUGGGCAAACCUGCUCCUUGGGAGAGGAGGUGGCAAAACCUGUUUGAAGAUGAGGUUACCUCCCUUCCACACCUCCCUCCUUGGAGGCCGGAACUACCUCAGCUGACACAAAAAAGGUAAAGAAGUCUUGGGGGCUGGGAUACCCAGCUCCCCAACAACUUUCAGGUGUUUAAAGAAGAAGACAGGAAGACCUGUGAAGAUGGGAACCAUACAAGAGGCAGGAAAAAAGACCUUAGAUGUUGGGGUCAGGGAGAGUGGAGAAGCAGCAGAACUAGGAGCAGCCCUGAGACGUGGGGAAUUGGAGCUGAAGGAGGAAUGGCAGGAUGAAGAAUUCCCUAGAUUGCUUCCUGAGGAGGUUGGACCUUCUGAAGAUCCUGAAGAGCCUAAAGGAGACUCACAGGCAGGUACCCCCCUCACUUUAGCCCUGUGUGGCCAGCGCCCCAUGCGGAAGCGUCUUUCUGCCCCAGAGUUGCGACUGAGUCUGACUAAGGGGCCUGGAAAUGAUGGAGUUUCGCCCACCCAAUCUGCACCUUCCUCUCCUGAUGGGAGUUCUGACCUGGAAGUAGACGAAUUAGAGACACCUUCAGACUCGGAGCAGCUGGACAGUGGACAUGAAUUUGAAUGGGAAGAUGAGUUACCCCGGGCAGACGGUCUGGGCGCCAGUGAGGCAGCUGAAAGGCUGGGCCAAGGCUGUAUGUGGGAUGUGGCUGGAGAAGAUGGACAUCACUGGAGGGUUUUCCGAAUGGGACCACGGGAGCAGCGUGUGGACAUGACUGUCAUUGAACCCUAUAAGAAAGUCCUGUCUCAUGGAGGUUACCACGGUGAUGGCCUCAAUGCUGUCAUCCUUUUUGCUUCCUGUUAUCUACCCAGAAGCAGUGUCCCCAACUACACCUACAUCAUGGAACACCUGUUUAGGUAUAUGGUGGGAACGCUGGAGCUGCUAGUAGCUGAAAAUUACCUGCUUGUUCAUUUGAGUGGAGGCACAAGCAGGGCCCAAGUUCCACCUCUGAGCUGGAUACGCCAGUGUUACCGCACCCUGGAUCGGCGGCUGCGAAAAAACCUGCGAGCCCUGGUGGUUGUGCACGCUACGUGGUAUGUGAAGGCAUUUCUGGCCCUGCUUCGGCCCUUCAUCAGUUCCAAAUUCACACGAAAAAUCCGUUUUCUGGACAGCCUGGAGGAGCUGGCCCAACUCAUAUCCCUGGAUCAAGUCCACAUCCCUGAAGCUGUCAGACGGCUGGACCGGGAUCUCCAUGGCUCAGGAGGGACCUAGCACAGGACUGGAUAAAGGGCCUUAGAACCAAGUAAAGAUGCUGAUCUGCCUGCACCCGAAUCCCAGAAACAUCUGAACUGUUUUGUAAAUCAUCUUAUCCCCAACCUCAGUACCAGCUCAGUACCACCGGUCUUCACUUCUCAGUGGGAUUUCGUCCUUUGCAUGACCCUGCCUUCAGCUGGGCCUUGAGACUGGGAAGCUGUUCUGCUGGGUGACUUUCAUUCCAGCUGUUGGGGUGGAAGGCUGAGUGUAGGGUCAUUUCGUAUGGGAUAUACCGAGCUGUGGGUUUUAAUCCUGCUUUCGCUGUAGAACCUUGGGCAAAUACCUUCAUCUUUUUGGGUCCUCAUUUUCUUCCUCUCUAACUGGAGGGGCUGUGAUCUUCCACCUUGGAUGGAAGAGGCUGACUUGACAGUCAGCCUGCCUGCUGGGAGCCAGGAGAGUCAGCUCAUUAAAUCUUGAAGAACCGCGGUAUGCCCUUUUUCCUUCUAAGUCCUGUCUGCUGCCUGUGAGCCUGGGAAGGAGUGCUUUCAAAACCUUUAUAUUUGCCCUCUCGAGUAAACUGAGAUCUGUAGAGGCUAAUAAACUGCGAUGAGACUUUUAA